CAAAUUAAAUCUCCCUCUUCCUCUCUCGCUCUGAUCUUCUCCUUCCCUUUCUCUCCCAAUUUCUCAGGAAAAAAACGCAUCGAUGCUCCGCUGCAACAAAGAUGAUUGCCACUCUCAAAGCCGAGGAAGCAAGCCAGCACCAGCUGCAGCUCGUGGAGGUGGAGCGGGAAGACAUCAAUGACGAAGAAGACUUGUUUGAGGCGAUCGCGUCUUCAAGUGUUGUUCUAAGUUACGAUCUGAAAUGCGUUGCAUUGUGUGCAGUGAUCUCCGCAGGAAUCAAUACCGGAGAUGUGAGGAAGCUCCAAAAAGCAGGGAUCUACACCUGCAAUGGCUUGAUGAUGCACACCAGGAAGCACUUAACUGGAAUCAAAGGCUUAUCAGAGGCCAAAGUUGACAAAAUCUGCAAAGCUGCUGAAAAGAUAGUGUUUCCCACAAGCAUGAAGGGUGGGAAUGGCAAGGUUGCUUACAUUGACACUGAAGGAACUUUUCGGCCUGAUCGAGUUGUACCCAUAGCUGAAAGAUUUGGCAUGGACUCAGGAGCUGUCCUUGACAAUAUCAUUUACGCUCGUGCAUACACAUAUGAGCAUCAGUACAACCUGCUUCUAGGUUUGGCUGCAAAAAUGGCUGAAGAACCAUUCACACUUCCCAUAACAUGCAGUAUGCAAAAAUUGGCACAGAUGCUCUCCAGACUCACAAAGAUAGCUGAAGAAUUCAAUGUUGCAGUCUACAUGACUAACCAAGUUAUUGCUGAUCCUGGUGGGGGAGUGUUCAUAUCAGAUCCAAAGAAACCAGCAAGAGGGCAUGUACUUGCCCAUGCACUUGCCCAUGCAGCCACAAUAAGGUUGAUGUUUAGGAAAGGCGAAGGUGAAUAGCUCGUCUGCAAGCUGUUUGAUGCCCCAAAUCUCCCAGAAGCUGAAGCAAUAUCCUCCCUAAGUUAUAUAUUCUAUUACAGUAUAUUAAUUUCUGAUAAUAUUUUCUUGAAAGAAGCAUAGAAUAAUUUCUUUCAAUCCAA